UUGAUGGAAAUGUACCUUCCUUGUCUUUUAUCAGAUGGAACAGCAAUGGUUACAGUGCAAUAUGCUUGGUAAUUAACGACUGAUGAAGAACCAAAAAUGGUGGAGGAACUGUAGAUUGAAUGGACAUAACCUAUUUCUCAAUGUCAUACCAAUGUAAAGGCAAUUUCCUUCUCACAAUUCACAAACCAACCAUUCCCUCAGUGUUUCUGUUUCUGUCUUAAUGGAGAAGAUUAAACUUGGCAUGAGAUUUCAAGGUAAGGUGGCCAUUGUGACGGCUUCCACUCUGGGAAUCGGCUUUAGCAUAGCCCAAAGGCUUGGUUUGGAGGGUGCAUCUGUUGUCAUUUCUUCUCGGAAACAGCAAAAUGUUGAUAAGGCUGCUGGCAAACUGAGAGCUCAAGGAAUCGAAGUAUUGCCUAUUAUUUGUCACGUUUCAAAUGCACAACAAAGGAAGAAUUUGAUCGACAAAACUUUACAGAAGUAUGGAAAGAUAGAUGUCAUUGUGUCGAAUGCUGCCGUACAUCCUUCUGUAGAUCCCAUUUUGCAAACACAAGAAUCGAUCCUUGACAAGCUGUGGGAGAUAAAUGUCAAAUCCACCAUUCUUCUUCUCAAGGACGCAGCUCCUCACUUGAAGAAGGGUUCUUCUGUUGUACUCAUUUCCUCACUUGCUGCUUAUAACCCACCACCUACCAUGGCUAUGUAUGGAGUGACCAAAACAGCAGUUCUUGGACUUACCAAAGCUCUGGCAAGUGAAAUGGCGCCCAACACUCGAGUGAAUUGUGUUGUUCCUGGAAUUGUGCCAACUCAUUUUGUUGCACUUUAUACCUCUAAUGAUGCUAUAAGGAAGGAACUAGAAAGGACGACAUUGAUUGGAAGGCUUGGUACAGCUGAAGAAAUGGCAGCUGCUACAGCGUUUUUGGCGUCUGAUGAUGCUUCUUACAUAACAGGAGAAAAUCUCGUGGUUUCUGGGGGAAUGCCUUCCAGGUUGUAG